AUGAACAAUGCAAGCAACAAGAAGUUUCUGUUUAGUGGAGCCAUGUCUGUGGUUUCUAGUCUCUGCCCUCCCCUUUCUUUCUUCUCUGCCAAAGAAGAAAACCACCCAGUAAAUCACGUCUUCCCAAGAUGUUCAACUGUGAAGAAGCUGUUUGAUGGGUAUGAUGAUUUAGUCACUGGGUUCAACUCUUUCUUACCGGCAAAGAAGAAGCUUGUCGCCACUUCGUCGGAGGCGUACAAUAGCACGGUGGACGAUCAAGCUCCGACUUCAUCGCGGACUACACAGACCAAGUUUGUGAAAAAGGUUCAGAAGAGUUUCGGAGACGAAGUUCGGAGAAAUAAAUUGUUUCUUGAUGCUUUGGGUAUGUGGCGAUUUGGGGACAUGGUCAUUGAUCGGCUCGAUCAAGAGGUUGCUGAUGUGUUCAAAGAGCUCCCAGAUCUGUACAUAGAGUUCAAGGGGUUUUAUGGUGAUUUUUCAGAGGAGAAAUCGACUGAUAAGGAAAAGGCCACACGCCCAUUCAAGGACUACUACACCGACUGGUUCAACAUGCUCAAGUGCAGGCUGAUGAGAGAGAGGAAGGAGGGAGUAAAAAAGGCCGUUGGUGAGGCGGUGGUGGCGGAGAUGAUGAGUGUUUUUAUGGAUGCCAAUAGGCUGAGGAGAAGUGUUUUGACAGAGAUUCUGAAUGUUACAAAUGUUUUUCAGGCAGCUCUUUUUCUUGAAGGACUUGCCCAAUUUCUUAUUGGGUUUCAAGAACAUAAAAUUCUAAGUGAAUUUGAACGAUCCAAAAUGGCUAUCAAUUGA